CACUUGAUAUAUGAAGAUGGCGAUGAAGAUGAUACAGAGGAAGAACUGUUAGCUAAAUUCGAUGCCAGUUAUAUUGAAGAAGACGAGGAAUGUGAGCAGGUUGUCACUAUACCUGAUGCACCAGACAGUCAUGAUGAGUGUCUGGCCAAACGUAUUCUCACCACCAGCCAUAUGUAUCAAGGAUCAGCGUGUGCCGGUCUCCUACGUUAUUUGUCUUCCUACGCAACAGAAUUCGUCUCGCGGAGACACCAGUUCGGUCGGCCUCUGGCAGAAUAUCCUUCCAUUGCAGAGACUUUAGCACGCAUUGCCAUCAGUGUCUAUGCUCUCGAGUCUAUGACAUACCUUGUAGCCGGGCUUGCCGAUUCCCAGCCCAGCCGGGAUCUGAGCGCAGAAGCCGCUUGCAUCAAGGUUGGACACUAA